AUGAUUAAAUUACCAAAAGAUAUUGAAGAUGCCAAGAAUUUAGGUCUGGUUCUGUCUCAUUAUAAAGACAAAUACUAUUACCAAGUCAUGUUGGGAUUUUUUACAACUUAUAUAUUUUUGCAAUCUUUUGCUAUUCCUGGGUCCAUUUUUUUAAGUAUAAUCUCAGGGUUUUUAUACCCAUUUCCUUUAGCUUUAAUACUUGUAUGUUUGUGUUCGUGUAUAGGCGCAUCUUUUUGUUAUUUUUUAUCAUAUUUAGUGGGAAGGAAACUUGUAAAUAAAUAUUUUCCUGAAAGAAUUGCACAGUGGCAAGCCAGCAUUUUACGUCACAGAGAGCAUUUAUUAUAUUAUAUGAUAUUUUUACGAAUAACACCAUUAUUACCAAAUUGGUUUAUAAAUAUUACCUCACCUGUUCUCAAUGUACCAAUUAUACCAUUUACUGUAGGAACAUUUUUAGGAGUUGCACCCCCUUCCUUUCUAUUUAUUCAAGCUGGAACCACACUUCAUAAACUAACAUCAUCCAGUGAUGCCUUCUCAUGGACCUCUGUUUUAACAUUAACAGUAUUAGCUGUGAUGUCUUUAUUACCUGUUUUCUUCAAGAGACGUUUACAGAAGAAAUUUGAUUGA